AUGAUCGCGACAGGUGUUUGUGGAGUAGUCAUGGUGCUAUUGUUGGUUAUCCUGAUUCCGGUGCUGGUCAACUCCGCCGGAAUAUCCGCGCGGUACGAAAUGCUCGGAUCCUGUCAGAUGGUGUGUGAUCCCCACGGGACCAAGUCCACGGCCACAGACAAAGCCAAUACCAUCAGAGACAGCCGCUUGGUCCAGUCUCUACCAACCUUAAUCCAAGGUCCGAAAGGGGAGCCCGGACGCACAGGAAGAAUUGGCCCUAGGGGUCCUCAUGGCGAGCCAGGACCACCCGGACCUGCCGGCCCGCCUGGGGAGAGAGGAGAGCCCGGUCCGCCAGGACUACCCGGAACGUCCGGAGCUAACGGAGCCACAGGUGCCAUAAGCGCAGCCACAUACAACAUGGUUCCAAAGAUAGCUUUCUACGCCGGGCUGAAAAAACAGCACGAGGGCUACGAAGUUCUGAAAUUUGACGACGUAGUCACCAACCUUGGCAACCACUACGACCCCACGACGGGGAAAUUUACCUGCUCGAUACCGGGCAUCUACUUCUUCGUUUACCAUGUGCUGAUGCGAGGCGGGGAUGGCACCAGUAUGUGGGCUGAUCUUUGUAAGAACAACCAGGUGCGAGCGAGCGCUAUCGCCCAAGACGCCGACCAGAACUACGAUUAUGCCAGCAACAGUGUUGUCCUACAUCUCGAGCCCGGCGAUGAGAUCUACAUCAAGCUGGACGGGGGCAAGGCGCACGGGGGCAACAACAACAAGUACAGCACCUUCUCCGGCUUCAUUGUCUACGCCGAUUAA